AUGCGCAGAGACGUCUGCGUCAUGGGCGUGACUCCGGCCCUAGCCCCGCCCCUUCUCCUCCCACCCGACGCCCCGCCCCCCGUCCCUGUCUCCGCAUGCGCGUCCGAGACCCGGGGGUGGCACUGCUCCAUCCGGGUAUCCGGCGGCCUGUGGUGGUUUUGUUAUUUUGUCCGAAACCGGGAGCGUGAGGCGGCCCCGAGUGGCACGACACCGGGCUCCGGACCGACUGCACGGGCGGGGCUGGACGUAAGUGCCAGGAGGGAGCGGGGGAGGACGGCCGCGCCGCGGCAGGACGGUGCUCGGACCCGGACUCCGAGCCGGCAGAUGCUGAGUAGUGGUCGCCCACUCUGGGAGCCGCAGGCGGGCUGUGCCCGGCGGGACCUCAGGCUGCCUCCUUCGGAGCUGGUCCCGCGGCGGCGGAGAGGGCCCCGCGCCCGGACCCCGCCAGCUGCGGGCCGCGCCCUCCCCGGGACUCAGGAGCCCUGA